AAAUGAAUGCAUUUAAAAACUACACACAAUUGACCGAAUUAUACAUGGAAUCGAUGGAAAGGCUACAUCUGAUCGAAUCGGGCGUAUUCUCCCCUUUGGCUCAUUUGCGAACCGUAUAUAUAAAGCUGGCGCCGGCAUUGAAAAACCUCUCUCAGGGCGUAUUUUUGGGCAAAUUCCCGGAACUGAAGAUUAUACGUAUAGUGCAAACCGGCUUAGAGUCGAUGGCAUUGAAUUACAUGGAGUUCACCAAAAGUAAUGGCAUUUUACAGAUGAUACGUAUAGUGCAAACCGGCUUAGAGUCGAUGGCAUUGAAUUACAUGGAGUUCACCAAAAGUAAUGGCAUUUUACAGAUGAUGAAUAUCGACUAUAAUGCCAUCGAAAGGGUGUAUAACCACGCGUUCAACGGCUCGCAUAUCGCCAAAUUGUAA